AUGGUUGGAGUGAGAGGAAACAAGCAGCCACAUGAAGGAGGGAAGGCUGCUGGAAGAAAGGGGGACGAGGAGGGGCGGAGUCGGAGCGGGGAGGGAGCGGCGGGGCGGGGCGCCGGGGAGGCGUGCCCAUUCGCGGGGAGACACGCGCCCUGGGCCGCGGCAACUCGCUCCAAGUUCCCUCCCACUCGGAGCCGACCCACGAUCGCGCCCUGCCCUCCGCCGCCGCGCGUCCUGGGCCGGCUCAGCCCGCCGGGACCGCUCGGUGCUGGCGGCUGCGAGGACUCGGGGCCCGGGCAGCGCGCGCCCCGCCCGCCGCCCCGCGCGGGGGCCCUGGCUCGCCUUCCUGGCUAUCCCGGGGAGCCUGGCGCCGGGCUCGGCCCUCGCCGCGGGGACUCGGGGGCCGACGGAGCUUUAGAAACCAUGUUGGCCCAGCAAUUAACUGCUACCCCAUGCUAGAAGUUAAUAAAAGAUAAAUACAUUAUUUUCUGCCUGCUCAUCUGCUCAAGCAUAUAAUUAUUACUCAUGCUUUGAAUUUUUUUUUUUGUAUUGGGGUUUGAACUCAGGGCUUCCCUCUCA